AUUUUCACGUUUUUCAGAGAGAAAUUACUUGUGGAUCUUUUUUUCCUAAAGGAUACAGCAUUGGUCACCUGAGCGUCAUGGCACCAUGGUACACAGAGUGGUAGUGCUGGCUGAUAUCUCCCUAACUGUAUUCCUGCUUCCUCUCCUUUUGCAUGGUCUGGAGAUCGUGGACCCAGGGCAAGUCAUCUACAAAGAAACAAGGACUAAUGGAGUGGUGGACAAAGGAGUGAUUCUGGAAUGUGGGCCUACUCUCCCUGAUGUCUACAUUUGGAGUUUUACCAAGCCAGGCACUGAUACUAUUCGAGCCGUGGUGUAUAACUUUGGGAAAGGUCCAAAACUCCAGCAACUGGCCAAAGAUUUGGGUGACCUAAACGUCAUCAGUAACAGCGCCUCUCUGUCCAUAACGAAGCUUCCUCUAGCAGCAGAAGGCUUAUACACCUGCCAGGCUCUGUACGACACAGCGGAGGGAGCCAAGCUUUACUAUUACUAUGUGUACCUGCGUGUUUUAGUGCCUGUGUCCAAACCCUAUGUCCAGCUGAGUGAUUCCUCGCCUGUAGAAGGCGCAUCAGUGUGGAUGCGCUGUGGACUGGAGAAUGGCACAGGCCCAAUUCACUAUGUCUGGGAACAGGAGGACCAUAGUGGGCAGGUCAGCAUACUGGCAGAGAGUGACAGCAAUCUAAUCAACAUCACCUCAGUAAGCCGUAACCAUACGGGCUGGUUUAAGUGCCUGGCCAAGAACGAAGUCAAUCAGCAAAGUGGUGACCGCAUCUGGAUGGACGUUAUAUUUGGACCAGAUCUUCCUCAGAUUGAUAUAACACCGUAUUCAGUAACGGAUCGAGGAUACUCAGCUCUAGAGAGAGAGACUGUUUCGCUUCUAUGUCAAGCUUCCUCCAACCCUCCCAGUCAGUAUGUCUGGUUCUACAACAACUCCCAGGUCUACACUGGACCACAGCUCACCAUCACCAAGAUCCUCCGAAUGCACACAGGCUAUUAUGCCUGUCUUGCUCAGAACACUUAUCUGAAUACACGUUCCAAGAAAACCAUCACUCUCACCGUCUACUAUCCACCAGAUGGUGUGCCAUCUUGUUCUAUCUUCCCAACUAAUAACUACAAUGACUUAGCUCUCAUCUGUUCCUGGGAGGGGGGUUACCCUUCAGCUACCCUCAACUGGAGUCCAUAUGUGAAUGGAGACAACUCACAGGGUGUUUAUAACAUAACUCGGAUUCAGCCAGGGACUCAAACGGCUAACAACUCAGUAUUCACCUGCUAUGGCUCACAUGUGGCACUUUCUUUAUCACAGCGCUGUAGCACCAGGACAUGGUUGCCGAAUGAAGAACCCCAGUGUUCUGCAUAUGCAACACGUAAUAAUGAGUACCUGAUGCUGUCUUGCUCAUGGGAGGGUGGUUUUCCUCGUGCUCUGCUGUGGUGGGCUUCUAGUUCAGGAGAUAUGCAGGGCACAUCUGAGGAGAACUCCAACAUCCUAGUCUUGCGCUCCAGCGCCACCUACAGUGGCAAAGCAUUUGUUUGCCAUGCCAAACAUCCACUUGUUAAAGAGAGCAAGCAGUGCGUGUUAAAAUUGGAGGCACCAGUUUUGAUGACUCAGCGCAGUGUUGUUUCAGUGUACGAAGGCAAUGAUGUUCAGCUGACCUGCAUCCUGAGCAAAAACUAUCCUGCAGUCACAGAGAUUACGUGGUACAAUAAUAUGAAACAAAAGGUGGGUGACAGUGACACACCCAAGAAGUAUGUUCUUCAGCAAGCUGCAGCCUGGUCCAAUCUGACUGUACGGGAAACAGAUGGCAUGAUGGAUGGUGGACAGUACUGGUGCUCUGCUACCAAUGCUGUAGGAGGCGCAGAGAUUCCCAUCUUACUGGUGGUACUUAGGUACCCAAUGCCUCCAAAUGUCACCAUCACUAAGAUUGUGUACAGCAGUCGUCAAAGGACUGAUGUAAAUUUGGAAUGGUUGAUCCUGUCAGAUGACGACUUUACUGGAUUCUUCAUAGAGCGCCAAAAUUUCCCAUUACCAAUGUGGCAAAAAGUGGUAGGAGAACUGGACCCCAGCAGUCGAAGCUACCAGAUCACCAACCUGGAUCCUUCUGGGACAUAUUCAGUUCGAAUUACUGCUGUCAAUCGCCGCACGAUUGGACACCCCUCAGAGGUCAAGAGUCCAGCUCUGCCAGGCUUUAAUGCUUAUCCUGCGGUUAUCGGGGCAGCUAUUGGAGGCAUGCUUGUGGCAACGAUUGCUACAGUACUGCUGUUUAUGUAUGUGGUGAGGAAUCGCAACAACAACCCCCGGCUUCAUGAUUUAAUAUUUGGCAGGCAAAAUAGCCAGUCUAGAGAAAAUAUCAACUACCCUGAGGAUGAGGUUGUUGGUGGAUCAGAAGCAGAUAGCACUGGAGGAGAAACAAGUCAAGGACCAUCUGGAUCUGUGGUGUUGCCACGACCUACAGCAACACCCACAAACCUCCCUCCAGGGGACGAACCCGUCAAUGUCACGAUCACUGUGAUGGCCUCAAGCUAGAACCAUUAUGGAAACCAAAAGUUUUGAUUUGAUCUGACAGCGAUAUUCAAAUAAACCGAAAGUGAAAUGAGGAUAAGUUCUACCUGAAGGAUUUACAGUGUUGACACAGAAAGGACACUGUUUAAAUAAAAUUAUAAAGUAAAAAAAAAGUAAAAAAAUUUAAAGGUCAGGUUUAUUGGCUCAUUAGGACACCAUCCCUAUUAUGAUACUGUACACAAAUAUUAUAUUACUUGCGAAAUUUAUUUACAAUUAAGAAAGGAUUACUCAUUAAAUGGUUCUGGAAUCUUUAAAAAAAUAUAUUAAAAAAAGUUAACAAUCGUGUUUAUUAUACUCUUGAAGCUGAACUAAGACAUAUGUUGGGAAACUGAACAUUUGUAAACAAUAAAGUUAUUAUUUUCUGAUUUCAAGUCUUUUACAUUUCAAGUCUUUCACACCUAUGCUAAAAAAAAAAAAAAAAAAAAAA